AUGGCGCCAGCAUACAAACCCUUGGGGAUCCGAGACCGGAGAGGUAAAGUUCAGGCUCCCACUAGGACACCAACUUCGAAGAGGAAACGUGAAGACCAAGCCCGUCCCAAAAAGAAGACAGCAAAAACCCAGCGAACGCCAGGAGACUCCGAUAAGCCCAAAAAGACUGAGGAAUUCUUGAGUGUAGGACUGGACAUUGGAACGACGGCUUCAGCCAUUGCGUAUGCGGCAAGCAUCGCUUCACCAGAGGAGAUUUGCGUUCUGGACAGCUAUGAAGGCCACGUUGUUGUGAAGGUGCCAACAAGAAUGGCUUAUGCCGCGGAAAAUGACUUCAGGACAGAUAAAUGGGGCUUUCAGGUGGAGAGCGGAAUGCAGAUUUGCAACUGGCCGAAGCUCCGACUUGACGAAAACACGAACAAGGAAGAUUUCGACGAUCCCCUGCUUCAGCAGGCCAUUGGAGACGGUCUCAUGCACAUACCUGAUGGGAAGACUGCAUCCGAGGUUAUCGAGGACUUUGUCUCCAACCUCCGAAAAUAUUGGCUUCAACGUUUGGACAAUACCAUCCUCGAGACAGCCAUAAAGCAUGCCCGGAAACGCAUCUGCGUUCCUGUUCCGACCACAUGGUCGCCAGCGGCUCGGGAAGCCACUCAUCAGGCGGCGAUUAAAGCCGGAUUUGGGGAGGGUAAGCGUGACGAGAUUAUCAUUAUCGAUGAGAGCGAAGCAGCUGCUCUGGAUGUGAUUAAAUCGCUGGAAAAAUCUUCCGAUGCAGAUCAGUUGGAGGAGGGAGUGUGUGUCAUGGUGAUAGACUGUGGGGGAGGCACAAUCGACAGUGCUUCGUACAAAAUAACCUCUUCCAAGCCUCUGCAGCUAGAGGAGGCUUGUGCUGGCGAAGGUGGUGCGAAGAUAGGGGGAACAAGCAUCGACCGGGCUCUCCAUGCCCUGAUGCAAGAACACUUCGGCGUCGCAUUCAGCGGACUCCCAAUCAGCAAGGUAGCAGCGACCAGUCACUUCAUGCAGGACUUUGAAACACACAAGAAAAAGUAUGAUGGCCAGACUGAGAACAAAGAUCUCUGGCUCCGCCUCAAUAUGAGGAAACUGGAUGAUCAGGACGAGAACAUUCGGAAUCGCUAUGAUUUCAUGGACCUGGCUGCGAAGAUCACAAGUGCCGAUUUGCAUCAUAUGUUCGAACCUGUGAUCCAGAAAAUAUUCGAGAUAAUCCGUGGACAAGCCCGUCGAAUCGCAAAGGCCAGGCCGGCUACUUCUCUUCGAAUCAUCGCAAUGUGUGGGGGGCUUAGUUGUAACCCGCAUAUCUUCAACCAGGUCAAUGCCUUUGUCGGCAACUUGUUCGAGGAUGGUUCCGUCAAAGUUUUGGCUCCUCGUCAGCCAUUGACGGCUGUGGUUCGAGGAGCGGUGCUCGCCGCCCAGGGAUGCUCGCCUAUUGUGAGCCGACGAUCACGGGAGUUUAUUGGCACACAAAUUCACCGCGCGUGGGACGAAGCCAAACAUAGGCCUGAAGAUAGGUUCGAGUGCCCAGAGCGUGGGUUGAGGGCCAAAAACCAGAUGGAAUGGAUAGUCAAAAAGGGCCAGAAGCUGAAGCCUGAUAUGAAGGCGAGAGUGAGAUGCUAUUAUGUUCUGGAAAACGCGCGUGCCGAGGUCAAAGGGCCGGUGAUCGAUCAGGUUCUGUAUAGGUGUGCAGAAGAUAUCGCUCCAUCUCGGGUGGACGAUCCUGUCGAGGAGAUAGGCGUGAUCCGAGUGGAUAUUACCAACAUUGCACGCCGCAAACGCGCAGAAGCCAGGACUGGUUUGAAAACCUAUCCCGGCUACAUUGCCAUUGAUGUGGAUAUUGAACUCACCAUGUCAAGUUCCAAGGGCGUUCUCGAAGCUGUAGCGAAGAUCGGAAGGACAAAGGUGGGAACAACCACUAUUACAUACACACCGGCUCCGGCGUGGGAGCAUGGUCUCAUUCGAAAGGAUGAGGAUAAAUGA